AUGUCCACCAGAAACACAUCCUAUACGGUAGAGCCACUCACCCCUACAUUUGGUGGAGUUGUCGAUGAUGGCUUUUCCAUUGAAGAUGCGGCCAGUGCUGAUGAUGAGCUCAUCGAGAGGAUCCGUUCGGACGUUCACAAGUACAGAUUCCUCCUCUUUAGGAAGCAAAAGGACCUCAGUGGGGAGCGGCAGGUCGCAUUCUCAUGUCGAUUGGGACCAAUAGAGUCGACCUUUUACAAACACCCAAAGUCGCCGCAUCCCGAUAUCUUCCGGGUAUCAAAUGAUGAGGGUGUAGGGUGCACCAGAGUGGGACGGAGCGGCUGGCAUGUUGAUGGGACAUUCCUACAACGGCCCUUCCGGUAUCAAACUAUGUAUUUUCCCAAGGCCAGCAGUACCGGCUUUACAGAACUAGUCCCUCUUAAAGAGCUCUUCGAAUCACAAGAUGCUCAGCGGCGUGAACGCUGGGACAGGGCAUGGUUCAUCAGCGAUAGUGGUAGUGUGGUACACCCUCUGGUCUACAAGCACCCAACUACUGGUCACACGACUAUGGUCUUUCAUUGUGGCAGGCCCUUUUGUGCUGGCUGGAUUAUGGACUUCAGCCCUGGUCAGCAGCCCCGUAGUGAUGACAUUUUACCACCAGCAGUGAUACAGAAAGAAAUAACUGAGGCCAUCGAUGAGUCGCGGACACGCAACCUCGUGUAA